AUGGAGCUUGAAGAUGCGGAGGAGGUGGUGGAGCUUGAGGACGCGAAGCAUUACCAAAAUAAUCCACAAAUAGUGGAGGUGGAGACUGAGGUCGCGGAGGUGGAGGAGCCUGAGGGGGUGGAUGUAGAACUUGAGGACGCGGAGGUGGAGUUUAAGAACGCGAAGGAUCUUGAGGGUGAGGAAGUGGAUCUUCAGGACGCGGAGGUGGAAGUGGAGGUGCUUGAGGGCAUGGAGGUUGAGCUUGAGGACGCAAAGGUGGAGGUUGAAGAGCUUGAGGGCGAGGAGAUAGCGCUUGAGGAUGAGGUGGAGGUUGAAGACCUUGAGGGCGAAGAGGUGGAGCUUGAGGAUGAGGUGGAGGUUGAAGACCUUGAGGGCGAAGAGGUGGAGCUUGAGGACUUGAAGGUGGAGGUUGAAGACCUUGAGGGCGAAGAGGUGGAUCUUCAGGACGCGAAGGUGGAAGGUGAGGAGCUUGAGGCCCAGGAGGUGGAGCUUGAGGACGCGAAGAGUAAGAGCUUGAGGGAUGCGAAGGUGGAGGAACUUGAGGGCGAGGAAGUGGAGCUUGAGGACAAGGAGGUAAAGGUUGAGGAUCUUGAGGGCGAGGAAGUGGAGCUUGAGGACGCGGAGAUGGAGGUGGAGGAGUUUGAGGGCAAGGAGGUGGAGCUUGAGGUCGCGGAGGUGGAAGUGGAGAAGAUUGAGGGUGAGGGGGUGGAGCUUGAGGUCGCGAUGGUGGAGGUGAAGGAGCAUGAGGGUGAGGAGGUGUAUUUUGAGGACGAAGAAGUGGUGCUGGAGGAGUUUGAGUGCGAGAAGGUGGACCUUAAGGACGCGGACGUGAAGGUGGAUGAGUUUGAGGGCGAGGAGGUGGACUUUGAGGACGCGAAAGGGGAACAGUUUGAGGGCGAGUAG